CUACAGUCUCACAGUUUCAGUAGAGACCUGGACCAGCUGGAGACAGAAUCCCGCACCAGGAGCAGAACCAGAUCACACUCUGACGGAGUUCUACUGGUUCAGAUGAGUUAGAGACCAUGAGGAGCAGAGAUACAGGAUGUCAGAUAAUCUGUCCGUCCUGAUCCCGUCAUCGUUGGCCCCGCCCCCUUGCAAUACUUCCCAGCAUGCCUGUCUCUCAGACUGGGAGGCUCCUCGGUUUACUCGUGCGGCUCAGUUCCGGGUCGGCAUCACCUUCGUCCUCUUCCUGUUUGCCGCCUGCAGUAACUUGGCCCUACUGGUCAGCGUGUGGUGCGGGCGUGGCCGGAGGCUGGCGUCCCAUCUGCGGCCCCUGAUGCUGAGUCUGGCGUCAGCUGACCUGAUGAUGACGUUCGUGGUGAUGCCUCUGGAUGCGGUGUGGAACGUGACGGUGCAGUGGUACGGCGGCGACGCCCUCUGUAAGCUGCUCUGCUUCCUGAAGCUGUUCGCCAUGCACGCCGCCGCCUUCAUCCUGGUCGUCAUCAGUCUGGACCGCCAUCGUGCCAUCCUGCACCCGCUGGACGCGCUGAGCGCCCGCCACAGGAAUCGCCACCUGCUCCUGCUGGCCUGGAGUCUCAGCCUGCUGUUUGCAUCGCCGCAGCUGCUGGUCUUCAGGACGGUGUCCGUGGACGGCAUGAACUUCACUCAGUGUGCGUCCCACGGCAGUUUCAUUCACCGUUGGCAGGAAACCCUCUACAACAUGUUCCACUUCACGUCUCUGUAUGUGCUCCCCCUGUUGGUGAUGAGCUGCUGCUACAGUCAGAUCCUUCUGCACAUUCACCGGCAGCACAUGAGGGAGACGGAUGGUGAGUCUUACCUGCGGCGCAGCGGCACCGACAUCAUCCCCAAGGCUCGGAUGAAGACUCUGAAGAUGACGGUGGUCAUCGUGCUGUCCUUCAUCGUCUGCUGGACACCCUACUACCUUCUGGGCAUCUGGUACUGGUUCCAGCCCGACAUGGUGCAGGUCACGCCAGAAUACGUCCACCACGCGCUCUUCCUGUUUGGGAACCUGAACACCUGCUGCGACCCCGUCAUCUACGGCUUCUACACACCGUCCUUCAGGGCUGAUAUCGCCGCCUGCUGCCACCGCGGUGCCAGCUCCGCACCGAGGCUUCCGCACCAGAAAUCGGACAAAGACGGAACCAGUCCAAAUCCGCCAUCGACCGCCAGACCAAAGACCCAGCGUUCGGAGGAGAGGACACUGACGUUGACCAAUCGGGGCACUUGAACCUGUCGCUGAGGACGCUGAGCUUGAACUGACCAAUCACAGAAAUGGUAAUGCAUGAUUAAUCAAUUAAACAAUUCAUAUUCAGCUGCUCUGAUUGGCUGUAGACGAGGAAACUUCAGACGGUUUCUACAGAGUUUAUUUGGCUUUAUAUGUCGACAAGUCAUCAUCAUCAUCUUCAUCAUCUUCAUCUUAAUCAUUAACAUGAGAGGCAUUGAGGAGACCCAUGUUAUUUCUCACUUCCUGUUCUCUUUAAAGCUUUGACGUAUUUGUUGCGACACAUUAUUGAAAAAUCAAAUUUGAAACAUUAAAGCCUGACUUUUCUCAUUGGUCCUAGCUUCAUCCUAUACGUCUACAGUUUUCUUUUCCUACGCUUUUUUUUUACUUAACCUUUUUUCAGUUUCCUUCAGCUUUAAUAUCUAAAUCUACGACCUAAACCAAAGUCGAACAUAUUUAAAACAGAAUCAAUAAUAUAAACAAUAAUUGUAAAAAAACAAAAACGUCACGAAUGUUUCAUUAUUUUGGCAGACAUUCCUCGUCACUGCAGAACGGCAGCAACGUGAGAAUAAGGAACUGAAAGAAGAAAGUUCUAGAAAAAGAACAUUUAAAAAGAACGAGCUCUGAGCAGACAGUGACCUUUGACCUGAGGCUCCACAACAGACACAAAAAACUUGGUGAAAUGACACGAGACUCAACACAGAUCUAUUUUAGUAAAUAGUAAAAGGAGUACAUGUUUUAGAAUAUUCCGGUUUCUCCUCUUUUUGGUCGGUCUGGUCUUCAGAGUCACUGUGUCUCUGAAGUUUUUUUCUGGUUUCUAAAGUCUGUUCCAGAGCUCUUGGUCUUCAGGUCACUGUCAGCAGCAGAGACAGAAGCUGUAAAGACAUUCAACCUUAGUGUGAACACAGAGAACCUGUGGUGUUUCUCCAGGCAUCCUGAGGUUAUUAAUGAGUUAUUACCAAACGAUACUAACUGUUAAUAACAGCUGUUAUUAGAACCUGUCUGUGUUCUGGCAGUUCCUCUCAGUGUUUUUUUAUUUUUUUAUUAUAAACUAUGAAACAGCAUCUGUAAGUAUCUACUUGUUGACAGGUUUAUAUAAUUCUGACUCUUUUGGUUUGGACUCAUUCUAAGAAAAUACGGUUUGAAAUAUAAAAGUGUUUUGGUUUUGUUUGUUUUUCAACUGGGAAAACAAACCGUUUGUAAUGGAAACCAUUUUUUUCAUCUUUGGACGUUUUUCAGCUGUUUUUCCAUUAUUACAUCAUUAUAUUUCUUCAAUGUUUAAAUUCUUAAAUUUGGCUGGUCCUCGACCGGGAGCUUCUUUUAAAGGCAGCUGUGGACUUUUACAGAAAAAAAUCACUGACAUCAUAAAAAAGCAAUCCGACGACCAGCAGGGGCACUCUUCCAUCCCUUCAUUCUCAAACUGUCCAACAGACUGGGGACACGUCUGUCCCGGAGGUCAUGUGACCUGCAGCAGCUCAUUGGUUCAACACUCAAACACACUCAAAGCUCAGUCAGGGGGGCGGGAUCAGGAGGGCGGGGUCAUGGCGUUAGCAUUGGCACUCGAGGUAGAAAAAAAAUGGCAACGUGGCCCAGAGGAGCCUUUUGGUUCGGGUCGGUGACCAGCAGCGGAGGUAUCUCUCUUUGGAGGUGGUGACGUGGGUGGGGCGACUAGCUGACGCUCCGUGUCCUCUACAUCCUGACCACAAGUGACCAGUGAACAGGAUAAAGCAGGGUCCGUGACCUCUGCAGACCCAGGAAGUGUCAAGAGGUCAAACGUGAUCAUGUGACUUGUGUUCGUGUAACGACGGCAGCAGAAGAACUGAACUUUGGUUUCAGACAUUUUCAUCAUCAUCAGGAGCAGAGGA